AGUGACAGAUCUCGUCUUUCUUCUCCAAUUCGUCUCUCUUCUUCUCCGGUUAAUCUCAUCUCUCGUCGGAGAUUUCGGUAUGAGCACACCUGCAACUUCCGGUUCAGCGGCGAAACCGACGAGACCAGCAAGGUCGUCGAGUUUAGCAACUAGGUCAUCUUCCAAUUCCGGUUCCCUCACUUCAUUCCAAGCAAUGGUGGAGUUGAAGCAAAAGAUCCUUACCUCAAUCUCUAAGCUCGCCGAUCGAGAUACAUACCAGAUCGCCGCCGAAGAUCUCGAAAAAACUAUUCAAUCUCUCACUCCCGAAACCCUACCGAUGUUUCUUAAUUGUCUCUACGAUUCGUGCUCCGAUCCGAAACCUGCAGUGAAGAAGGAGUGUCUUCAUCUUCUCUCUUGCGUUUGUAGUCUCCAUUGCGAUUCGACGGCUGCGCAUCUCACUAAAAUCAUCGCUCAGAUAGUUAAACGGUUGAAGGAUUCUGAUUCUGGAGUUAGGGAUGCUUGUAGAGAUACGAUUGGUGCUUUGUCAGGGAUUUAUCUCAAGGGAAAAGAAGAGGGGACUAAUACUGGUUCUGCCUCAUUAGCGGUGGGUUUGUUUGUUAAGCCAUUGUUUGAGGCAAUGGGAGAGCAGAACAAAGUGGUACAAUCUGGAGCUGCAAUGUGUAUGGCUAGGAUGGUUGAAUCAGCAGCUAGUCCUCCAAUUACUUCUUUUCAAAAGCUUUGCCCUAGAAUUUGCAAGCUAUUGAGCAAUUCUAGUUUCCUUGCUAAGGCUUCUCUUUUGCCAGUUGUUUCAAGUCUCUCCCAGGUGGGAGCCAUUGCACCUCAGAGCUUGGAGUCAUUGCUAGAAAGUAUCCAUGAUUGCCUUGGAAGUACAGAUUGGGUAACACGAAAGGCUGCGGCUGAGACCCUGACUGCAUUGGCAUCACAUUCAAGCAGUUUAAUUAAGGAAAAAAACGAUUCCACCAUUACCGUGCUUGAGACCUGCCGGUUUGACAAGAUUAAACCUGUCAGGGAAAGUGUGACAGAGGCGCUGCAGUUAUGGAAGAAGAUUUCUGGAAAAUAUGUCGAUGGUGCUUCAGAUGAGUCAAAGCUUUCAGCUAGUGAGCAGCUUGGAUCAGAGAAGAACGGGGAGAAAAGGUCUAAUCUAGCUGAUCUAAUGAAAAAGGAGACACCCGAUGGUUCCACUCUCUCACCAGACUCUGCUUCUAAAGGAAAAGGAUGUCUUCCUGAAAAAGGAGUAGGACUGUUGAAGAAGAAAGCACCUGUCCUAAGUGAUAAAGAUUUUAAUCCUGAGUUUUUCCAAAGACUAGAAAGAAGGCAAUCCGUGGAAGUAGUAGUUCCUCGUAGAUGUAAAAACAAUGAUGAGGAAGAAUCAGGACUCGAUGAUCUCAAUGCCAUGGGAUCUUCAAAUCGCCUCAAGAACACCCAAGCAGAUGAUAAACAGGUAAAAGGUAGGUUUGAUGGGAACGGAUCACAAGCAGGGACAUCUGGUGAUGAUAAAGCUGGUGUUGUAAACGGAAAAGAGACACCUGGACAUCACGCUCCUGUCUCCAAUACUGAUAACCAAUCUGAAGGAUCCUUCACAAGUAAUAGAGGAAAUUGGUCAGCCAUCCAGAGGCAGUUGUUGCAGCUAGAGAGACAACAAACAAAUCUUAUGAACAUGCUCCAAGAGUUUAUUGGUGGCUCACAUGACAGUAUGGUGACCUUGGAGGGCAGGGUAAGGGGUUUAGAGAGGAUUGUUGAAGACAUGGCAAGAGAUCUUUCAAUAUCAUCAGGUCGUAGGGCUAAUCUCACAGCUGGGUUUGGCAAAUAUAAUAGCUUUGCUAACUAUCCAACUGGAAAGUAUAAUGGUCGAGCUCCAGGGGAAAGAGGUUCACAACCAGAUGGAGCUAUGAGGGGGAGAAUGUGGAAUUCUGACAUGGCGGAUGACUGGUUCAUACCUCCACAUGCUGCUUCCAGAAACGGACAAGCCGGGCCAAGAAGAUCACCUCGGUCAGAACAAUAUGAGAAUGAGCACAUGGGUAAUGGCAGGAGAGGGUGGGAUAAUAAAGCAUCUGGAACUAUUAGAUUUGGUGAAGGCCCUUCAGCAAGAAGUGUGUGGCAAGCAUCAAAGGAUGAAGCUACACUUGAAGCUAUUAGAGUAGCCGGCGAGGAUGGUGCAGUCCCUCGUCCAACCCGAGUGGCUGUUGCCCCUGAAGCUGAAGCCAUGGGAGAUGAUGAAAACGAAGGGCAGGAACGUGACCCGAUAUGGGCUUCAUGGAGUAAUGCAAUGCACUCACUCCGUGUUGGUGACAUUGAUGCUGCUUACGCAGAAGUCCUCUGUGCCGGUGACCAGCACUUGAUCAUCAAGCUGAUGGACAGGACGGGACCUUCUCUUGACCAGAUGUCAAAUGAGAUUGCAAAUGAAGCUUUAAACUUCAUCUCUCAGUUUUUGUUGGAUCAUAAUCUCUAUGACAUUUGCUUAUCUUGGAGUCAACAGCUGUUGGAACUGGUUUUACAAGACGGUGCAGACACGUUUGGAGUUCCAGUGGAACUGAAGACAGAGAUCUUGUACAACUUACAAGACGCGUGUUCUACGAUGGAUCCACCUGAAGACUGGGAAGGUCCUGCGCCGGAACAGCUCGUGGUGCAGUUGGCAUCAGUUUGGGAAAUCGAUCUCCAACAGUUUGACAAGUAAACAUGAGCUUGUGAUCAGAGCUUUAACUUGAGUACUGUUGUUGUUUAUAAUUUUAGUACAGACAUGAUUCGAC